UAUCGAUAAUAUCGAUUGCGGUUUUUUCUUGCCUCUGGGCACACAGACGUGCAGCGAACGUGAGCCGACGGCAACCAUCUUUGUGAAAAAUACCUACGAGUCUGGAGAGGAGUUGGUGUAGGAAUCAAUUAUUUCUGCGGCUUAUAAAAAGUUAAAAAUCAAAAAAAAAAACGAUGAUUUCUGCUCGCUUGGCGUCGUCGGUCGCUCGCAACUUGCCCAAGGCGGCCGCACAGGUUGCCUGCAAGGCUGCGUAUCCAGCUACCACUCUUGCUGCCCGUAAAUUCCAUGUGGCCAGCACACAGCGCAGCGCGGAGAUCUCCAACAUUCUGGAGGAGAGAAUUCUGGGUGUUGCGCCCAAGGCCGAUCUGGAGGAGACUGGCCGUGUGCUCAGCAUUGGUGAUGGUAUCGCUCGUGUCUAUGGCCUGAACAACAUCCAGGCCGAUGAGAUGGUGGAAUUCUCCUCCGGGCUGAAGGGCAUGGCCCUCAAUUUGGAGCCCGACAACGUUGGUGUUGUCGUCUUCGGUAACGAUAAGUUGAUCAAGCAGGGCGAUAUUGUCAAGCGUACGGGCGCCAUUGUCGAUGUCCCCGUCGGUGAUGAGCUGCUUGGACGCGUUGUUGACGCCCUGGGCAAUGCCAUCGAUGGCAAGGGUGCGCUGAAGACCAAGGAUCGUUUCCGUGUCGGCAUCAAGGCGCCCGGCAUCAUUCCCCGUGUCUCGGUGCGCGAACCCAUGCAGACGGGCAUCAAGGCCGUCGAUUCGCUGGUGCCCAUCGGUCGUGGUCAGCGUGAGCUGAUCAUCGGCGACAGACAGACUGGCAAGACCGCUCUGGCCAUUGAUACCAUCAUCAAUCAGAAGCGUUUCAACGAUGCCCAGGAUGAGUCGAAAAAACUGUACUGCAUCUACGUUGCCAUUGGCCAGAAACGUUCCACAGUCGCCCAGAUCGUGAAGCGUCUGACCGAUUCGGGUGCCAUGGACUACUCGGUUAUUGUGUCGGCCACCGCCUCUGAUGCCGCACCUCUGCAGUAUUUGGCUCCCUAUUCUGGCUGCGCCAUGGGUGAAUACUUCCGCGACAAGGGCAAGCACGCCCUGAUCAUCUACGAUGAUUUGUCCAAGCAGGCUGUGGCCUAUCGUCAAAUGUCGCUGCUGCUGCGUCGUCCCCCCGGUCGUGAGGCCUACCCCGGCGAUGUGUUCUAUCUGCAUUCGCGUCUGUUGGAGCGUGCCGCCAAGAUGUCCCCGGCUAUGGGUGGUGGUUCCUUGACCGCUCUGCCUGUGAUUGAGACUCAGGCCGGUGAUGUGUCCGCCUACAUUCCGACCAACGUCAUCUCGAUCACUGACGGCCAGAUCUUCUUGGAAACCGAGCUGUUCUACAAGGGCAUCCGACCAGCCAUUAACGUCGGUCUCUCCGUCUCCCGUGUCGGUUCCGCUGCCCAGACCAAGGCCAUGAAACAGGUCGCUGGCUCCAUGAAGCUGGAGUUGGCCCAGUACCGUGAGGUGGCCGCCUUUGCCCAGUUCGGUUCCGAUCUGGAUGCUGCCACCCAGCAGCUGCUGAACCGUGGUGUGCGCCUAACCGAGCUCCUCAAGCAGGGCCAGUAUGUGCCCAUGGCCAUUGAGGAUCAGGUUGCUGUCAUUUACUGCGGUGUGCGCGGUCACUUGGACAAGAUGGAUCCCGCCAAGAUCACCAAGUUCGAGAAGGAGUUCUUGCAGCACAUCAAGACCUCCGAGCAGGGUCUGCUCGACUCCAUUGCCAAGGAGGGACAAAUCUCGCCGGCAGUCGAUGCCAAGCUGAAGGACAUUGUCACCAAAUUCAUGUCCACCUUCCAGGGUUAAACAGCAGAAGCACAUCAGUUAAAGUCGCGUGCAGUUUUAUCGUCGAUAUCCAAGGCAGAUAACUUAUCUUGCAAGCAAAUAAAUAAUUUUAUGUCUAAGCCGAAAUUCACGUUAUUCAAACUAAUCAAUAAUGCUGCCAAACUGUGCGCGUAGAUGAUAAAUACCAACAGCAACAACAACAACAACAAAGCGAAUAUCAUCUAAAUGAGAAUGAAAGAAAAAACACACAACAACAACUUACACCAUAAGAAAAUACAGACAAAAAAUAUUAUAAAACUAAAUUAAACCAACCUUUGCGCAUUCAUGUUUUCCUUUGCUGCGUGCUUCCCGUCAUGUCCUUUGCCCAUACAACAUCCUUGGAGAGGCAAGAGCAAUAUAGAGAGAGAGAGAGAGCGGGACACACGUGAGACACGCAGCCGGGGAGCAAACUUCGAAUUUCAGCGUUAGACGACGAUCGUCAAUGAAAAGAAAAAGCCUCUUCUGUUGUUCUAGCUAUAAUAAAUAUAAUCAAUAUUUGAAAUUGAUAUUGUAAUCGAGCAUAGUAGUCGAAAUACCGUUUGUGGAUGAUUGUGAAACGAUGAGAAUAAAAACGAUACUAAAUUAUA